AUGUUCACCUCUGUCUUCUCUGCUGGAGUCACUUUCAAGGAAGAGGGCUGCUGGACCCGCUCCAUGGAGAAGGGAGGAAGGCCAGUCGACUCACCAGGAGUCGCCUUCGCCCCGCACGCGCUCACCAACACCGUCCCGACACCAGCGACGUCGCGCCCGCACGCGCUGCGCCCGCGCCGUGGCCGGCCCCCUGCUCCUGGCCGUGCCAAGCGCGCGCGCCCGCACCUCGCUCUGCUGCUGCUUGCUGCGCGCCGCCACCCCGCGUCCUGGUCGCGCCUAGGACCACCCCGGUCACCCGUCGCCAAGCGCCGCAGCUCCGCGCCCCGGCUCCCCCCGCCUCCGCUGCCGCUCUGCCGUUGUGCUGCAGCCGCGCCGGCCCGCGCCUGCCUGCGUCCCGUCCUAGCCUACCUCCGCCCGCGCCUUGCCUCCAGCCUGUGGCACCGCCCUGCAACCGCCGCUCGCCCACUCGCGUUGGCGCCCGCUACCCCACUCCGCAUCACCCCGCCCACCGCUGCGUGCCCAGCCGCGCGUGCCUCGCUGUCGCUGCCGUCCACGUUGGCCACGUCCGCAACCCCUUGCGCCCGCGCGCCGCCGUCCCCUGCGCUCGCCGCCGCCGCGAACUGCGGCCCUGACUCCAAGACCGACGUCGCUGCUGGUGCCCCGUCCGACUACGCUGUGUAUGACCCCUCCUUCCUGCUAGAGCAACCAGCCUUCGCCCCGCACGCGCUCACCAACGCCGUCCCGACGCCCGCGACGUCGUGCCCGCACGCGCUGCGCCCGCGCCGUGGCCGGCCCCCUGCUCUUGGCCGUGCCAAGCGCGCGCGCGCCCGCACCUCGCUCUACUGCUGCUUGCUGCUCGCUGCGCGCCGCCACCCCCGCGUCCUGGUCGCGCCCAGGACCACCCCGGUCACCCGUCGCCAAGCGCCGCAGCUCCGCGCCCCGGCUCCCCCCGCCUCCGCUGCUGCUCUGCCGUUGCGCUGCAGCCGCGCCUGCCUGCGCCCCGUCCUGGCCUACCUCCGCCCGCGCCUUGCCUCCAGCGUGUGGCGCCGCCCUGCAACCGCCGCUCGCCCACUCGCGUUGGCGCCCGCUACCCCACUCCGCAUCACCCCGGCCACCGCUGCGUGCCCAGCCGCGCGCGCCUCGCUGCCACUGCCGCCCGCGUUGGCCACGCCCGCAGCCCCUAGCGCCCCCGCGCCGCCGUCCCCUGCGCUCGCCGCCGCCGCGAACUGCGGCCCCGGUCAGUCGGCGCCCGGGUCAGCCUCGACGGGUGCCCACGCCCGUACCCGUUUCCCGAUACCCGCGCGCCUGUUUGGCCCCUAG